UGCUGUUGGCAGUGUUGCUUCAGUGAGCGUUGCGACGUUGGUGUUGUCAGCCAAGUACAGCUGUACUAGUACAGUAGUUUGGAUUUAGGUUGUCGCCAGCUUCCUUUACCCCGAGCUGAGCUCGAUGUAGCUGGACGUGAGAGGCUUGCUGGAGAUAUCGCCAAGAUAGUUUCACCUUGCGAGUUAGUUCACGAUCAUUUUUAUGGUGUGGUAGAAAUCGAGUGGUAGCACUCGGGGCAUGGUGCUGUAGAUGGAGGGCUCGUCACCAAUUCCCCAGGAAAAAUCUGACUGUGUGUAAAUCCUGAGCUGAGAUUGGAGGAGAAAUGGCGACCCCCUGGGUCGAAAUCGUCGAUCCACGUUCUAAGGAGUUGAUGUAUGCCAACAUCACGACUGGAGAUUGUUCCUGGGAUGCACCAGAUGGAGUCGAAGUUCGCCAGAUGACCGAUGACCAGUGGUGGGAGCUGUACGACAAUGAUUGUGAAUGCUAUUAUUAUUACUGUGCUGCCACCCAACAAACUGUUUGGGAGCGACCUGAGGAUUCUGAAGUCAUACCAUUGUCAAAGCUACAGUCUUUCCAAGACACUAUGCCUCGAUCUCCCACCCCUCGACUUUCCACAGAAGGGUCAGUGUCAUCAGCAGGUGCUGUUGGUGAUAUUCGUGGUGAGGAAGAUCCAGUAUCCAAUAUAGAUGAUGUUGAUGUAUCAGCAGUCAGUAAUGGAGAUACACCUGUUAAUAAUGGUUACCACACUGCUACGACGAGUCAGGAGCCAGUGGUGACGGCGGAAGGAGAAGCUACCGAGCAGGCUCAGUAUGCAGAAGAUGCCGACUACCCUCCACCCGAUGCUGCGACCGCAGAGUAUGACCCAGCGCAGUAUGAUCAGUCUCAAUAUGACCAAUCACAGUACGACCAAUCGCAGUAUGACCAAUCGCAGUACGACCAAUCGCAGUACGACCAAUCGCAGUAUGACCAAUCGCAGUAUGACCAAUCCCAAUACGACCAGUCCCAGUAUAACUACUCAACAGAUGAGGCAGCCGCAGCAGCAGCGGCACCCGCAACAACAGAAGCUAGCUAUGAUGCAACACAAUACACGCAAGAUGGUGGUGGAUAUGAUGACACUCAGUAUCAACAGGAUAAUGAUCAAUCUGCUCAUGAUCAAUCAGGCAGUGCUGCAGAUGAAUUUGGGGCAACCGCAGCCACAACAGCUGCUGUGCCGGAAAAUAGCACCGCUGAAGUACAUGGUGCAGUUCCAGGGCCUUCUGUUCCUCCGGCUGCCCCAAGUUUGCCUCCAGCAGAUAAGAAAUUCAACAUUGCCUCAUUUGACCGCUUUGACAAGCCCAAGAGUCGGCGCUCAUUUUUCAGCUUCAAGAAGAAAGUCACCAUUGAGAAUUUGCUGAGUUGGACUAAGGACCCGCUCACACAUCCUAUGCUGAGAACGAACGAUAAAAAACGGAAGAAGGAAGCUCUGGAUAUGUUCAAACAGUUGCUAGUCUACAUGGGUGACAAGCGUAGUAAGCUGAAAGACAGGGAACGGGAUUUAAUCUUACACGAGAUCAUCGGCAGAACAUGGACUACUACCCAGCUACGUGAUGAGCUAUUUGUACAGCUUUGUCGUCAGACCACUGGCAAUAAGAACAAGAAAAGCUUACACGCUGGUUGGGAAGUAAUGUGUACAGCGUUGUCAUUCUUUCCGCCAUCAUCUAUGUUCCAUUCCUAUUUAGAAGGCUAUAUGUACAAGCAUCUUCCUUCGUCACCUAUUCAGGACCUCAAAUCAGCAGAUAGCCCAGUCCAGGUGUAUGCACAAUAUUGCACUAAGCGACUGGAACAAAUGCGCAUUUCUGGUGCCAAGAAGGGCCAGAAAAAGCCAUCUCUGGAGGAAGUGGAGCAUGGACGGAAUUUGCCUUACAACCCAUCAAUGUUUGGCGACACACUGAGAGAUGUCUUUGAGAUGCAGUUGUCAACGUAUCCCGACAGCCGUGUGCCGUGGAUUUUGGCGACACUGGCAAAGGAAGUGUUGAAACUCAAUGCUAAGAGCACAGAAGGAAUCUUUCGAGUGCCUGGUGACAUUGAUGAGGUCAACACUCUCAAGCUUAGAAUUGAUCGGUUCGAAGUUGGUGACCUACGCGACCCUCAUGUACCCGCUUCUUUACUGAAGCUGUGGUUUAGAGAGCUGCUGGAUCCAGUGAUACCACCAGAACUAUAUGAUCGAUGUAUUCGGUGUGCUGGAAGCCGAGACGAGGUGUUAGCCAUUGUGGAUGAGCUGCCGGAGCUGAACCGCAACGUGCUGUUCUACAUUGUCCAUUUCUUACAGCAAUUUGUGCCAACAACUGUCAGCUAUUACACUAAGAUGGAUCUGAACAAUCUAGCUAUGGUCUGGGCACCAAACUGUCUUCGCUGUCCUUACGAUGAUCCGACUGUCUUAUUUGAGAACACCCGCAAAGAGAUGACGUUCGUGCGCACGCUCGUGAAUGAGUUGGACACGCGUCAUUGGGAGGGUAUUGAAAUUUAGAUCAUGAAAUAACUCACAAUUCUGUCUCCAAGAGCAUAACUAUCUGUACAUACAUACAUACAUACAUACAUACAUACAUAAUUAUACCAUUGAAAUUCAGUGUCACAAUUUUGAAAGUCAUUUAAACUCCUUAAUAGAACGUGAAUGAGAAACUCUGAGAUUGGUUUCAGCAUAUUGUAAAGAAUAAAGUUAGGAAUUUUUCUUUUCGCAUACUUCCCACACCAAUGAUGUCAUCAUUUGCAUAUAUAGUAUGGUGUCUUGCAGUAUUCAUUAUUUUUUUCUUCCUAUCAAUGUCACCUGGUAAAAAGCACGAGGACACUGGUUCUGGUCUUCUGUUUCUCUCUCUCUCUCUCGCAUGUCCCCAUACUUCUUUGCUAAUGCUGUGGCUGGCUAGCAUUGCCAUCUUAUUUGUGCAAUUAUAUUUGAUUGAUUUUUGAUUUUUGCCUAUUUUCUUUGUUAGGAGUUCACCUUUUUGCUGUUGUGUGAGAUCUGCUGCUCUGUAUGUGUGCUGCUCAGAUGCCAUUAUGUUGCAUUCUCUCUCUCUCUCUCUCUCUCUCUCUCUCUCUCUCUCUCUCUCUCUCUCUCUCUCUCUCUCUCUCUCUCUCUCUCUCUUUCUCUCUCUCUCUCUCGUACGUUUGUUUUGUUUGUGAUAGGUUGUUGUUCUGCGAGGGUUUUUUCCGAUCUGUCUCUGCAUUUGUCUACUGUCUGCCAUAGCUUAGUUUCCCUCGUGUCACUGGUUAUGCAGACUCUUGUAUGCUGUUUGUAUCCGUCUUGUGUUAUUAACUUUUUUCGUUUUGUUAUGGUCAUCAUAGUAUUGUUGCCCGAUAAUGUGAACAAUGACCGUUGCUACUGCUGGUAAAGUUUUCUCGCACUGUGCUUAGUGUUAUGUCAGGAAUAACUGUUACCUGGACUUGACUGAAAGUGUAAUCAGUACUAAUCACACACGUUGGCUUUUUUCUUGA